AUGAGCGCUGGUAAAGGCAUGACAAACGGUUUGGUUCGCACUGAAAUUUUUCUCGUCCAUCCUUCCUCCUCUAAGGAGGCGCGGGAGCUUUAUGAGCGCUAUGAUGCGAUGGUUCUCAAUCAGAAUGAGGAUGAUGACAGUGAUGGUUGCUGCUGGAUGGCGUCGUAG